CACAUCCAGAACCCUCUUCUCCUCUUCCAAAUAUGAAACACCAGAACCUUCUUCUUCUCUCUACAUUAUACUACGACACUUCAAUUCCACCAUUGCAUGUUUCAACAACCACGUUAACCCUUCGCCACAUUCUCUCUCCCUAUAUAUACAGAACCACCAUCCACCUUAAUCUUCAACCAGUUUCAAAACAAUCUUCAAAUACAGCCAAAAUCAAACACAGAAUCUGUUUCUCUCGACUCUCCAAUUCAUCAGCGAAAACCCAUUCACACAUUUCAAAGCUCAGAUGAGAAACUUCGCACUAGCACCACUGAUCUUGCUUGUUCUUGCCGGUUUUUCGUGGAAGGCAAAAGGGUCUCUGCAACCAUUCACGGAUCGUCCUGGUGCACUCUGGGCUGACAUAUGGUCUGAUCGCUUCCUUGAUCCAUAUCGCGUGUUGGAGCAAAUCCCAUUUGGGGUUGGCAAAGAUCAGGCAUUGUCACCUGCAAGAGUGGAUUGGAAGGAGACAGCAGAGGGACAUGUUAUCAUGAUGGAUGUUCCAGGGUUGAAGAAAGAUGAGAUAAAGAUAGAAGUGGAAGGGAACAGAGUGGUGAGAGUGAGUGGAGAAAGGAAGAAGGAGGAGGAGAAGGAAGGGGAUCACUGGCACAGAGUGGAGAGAUCUUAUGGCAGAUUCUGGAGACAGUUUAAGGUUCCAGAGAAUGUGGAUUUUGAUUCUCUCAAGGCUAAGUUAGAGAAUGGAGUUCUUACUCUCACCAUGGCCAAGUUGGCACCUGAUAAGAUCAGAGCUUCUAGGGUUGUUAGCAUUGCAGAGGAUGAUGGAGGAAAACAAGAUCUUUGAAUUGCUCAUAAAUGGUGAGAGCUAUGUAUCCUGUCAUGAACUUCUUGUUUGUGUGAUGGUAAAUGAUAAAUGAAAAAGGAAGGGUUUGAAUUUGUGGAUAAUAAGGUUCUACUAAGAUCUUUUGUUGUGAGGAUGUUACUAAGUUAUCAUGUUGCUGUGGUCUUGUUUGAUUUACUUGUUAGAGUUAGAAUUUUAAAGGAUAAUGAAAUUAUAACGAAUAAAUUUUUACAA